AGCCAAUCUCUCGUUCGUUACCCCAGAUAUUCUGCUCACCUCUGAUGAAAAUGGCAUUCUUCACAAUCAGCCGUACAUGACUGUGCCGGGAGGCAGGUUGCACAGCCUAUAGUGACAGAAAGAUGAAGGUCAAAUCUUUGGUUGGGAUGUGAUGUGACCAAACAAGCUUACAAAAUCCAGUCCAGUCUUUCACCUACUACACAUUAUCCAGUCCGCAUUUUCCAAGAUAGAUGCAAGAAAGCGCUAGUGGAUAAUAGUUGGUACAGUUUUCGAUUAUGCCAUGCAUGGCGAAAGGGUUAAUUGCUUCUGCCCCAUAUCCGGGCGCGAGGAGAUGAAAAGUUUCUAAUAGGUCUGAGCGAAAACCUUUUCGUUGUACUUAUGUAUCCACAUUUGAAACCAAAAUGUUGUCUCGUUAGGAAUCUGGUCUAGGUGGGCUCCUCCAAUGUACUGUUAAAUGCAUUUCCCUCCUACCGAGUCGCCUCCCUCCUUAACGUAUAUUUUCGUCUUUUUGUUUGUAAGAAAUUAUGACUCGCCAUGCCCACACGAGUUGCGGCAGCUUCAAAACAAAAUAAACACAAACCUUCUAUAUCCUACCCAUUGAGUCGAGAGUUAAAAUCGUUUAAGUCCGGAGGAGCAUCUCGCGGAUCCGGGGCUGUGUUUGGGGCAGGAGAUGGGGGCAGCGCUAACCCUAUGAAUAAUGUAACGUUAGAUCGUCUUCAUCAUGAGCUGAACAUAACAAGCAUAGCUCGUGCCUCUAUGGGCAACAAUUCGGAUCCACGAGAGAAGGAAUAUGGAAAUAAAUCUAUAUCAUCUUCUAAUCCGAGAGUGACUUCGAGCAUGGAGACAGGUUUGCUAGCGAAUCAUAAACUGAAAAAUGUUGGUGGCGGAGAUCCCCCUCCUUCGUCUCACCACCACACACCUCCACAGCAACAGUCGCAACCAUUCAAUCAAUUCCAACAGCAUCACCAACGUCAAAUCCAAAACAACAACAUUAGCAACCAGCAAUCAGCACAAGGAGACUUCGGGAAUCGUCAACAUGGAGGGAAAGAGAAUAUUUUGGGGGACCAAACCGAACGCCAUCAGCAAUUACUGAAUAAAAGUGAAGAGGAGGACCAAUCCUGUAAAACGGGUGAUCGGAUGGGUAGCAGGUACGAACACGGCAACUUGGGACCAACGAAUAACAACAUCAACCAGUCCCAAAGUGGGAACAGUUCGGUUUCUGAGUUUAAUAAUUAUUAUGGGAAUGGAAGAGGAGGGCCUUGCUUUGAUCAACAUGGCGGACAACAAAGCCCUGGGACGGGGAUAAUGCAUUCGGCACAAAACAGCAUGGAUCAAGUACAAAACUCUCACGAAGGGUAUCAUAAUAACCCCUACAACCACUAUCCGAACUACAGACCUGGCUAUGGUGGCACUGGGUAUGGUAUGAUGAGCCCCUCACGGCAGGGGAACAACAUGAUGGGCCCAGGUGGUAAUACGACUUCAGCUAGUCAUGGAAAAGCUGCCAUGGCUACAGCCUCGGCUCCUGGUGGUGGAAAUGUCGGGGGGUUUCAGCGAUUUCCAGGACAAAAUCAACAACACCCAUCUGGAGCUACCCCUACUUUGAACCAGUUACUGACAUCUCCAAGUCCGAUGAUGCGAGGAUAUGGCAGUGGCUAUCAAGAUUACAAUAAUCCCUCUGCACAACAACAACAAUCAAGCAUGGGCUUGAGCAAAGAUAUGAGCUCGCAAUAUGCCCAAACUUCUCAUGGUUGGGGAGGACAACAAAGAAAUCAUCCAGCAAUGAGCCCUGGGAACAACGGACACGGUGGCAACAGAGCUCAGGUGGCACCCAUGGACGCCAUGGCGAUGAAGCGCUCGCAGCUGUACAGCAUGGGGAACAGCCCCUACGGUCAGCAGCAGCCUGGAGGGGCCUAUCCGGGCCAGCCGUACGGGUCACCUGGUCCGCACCGCUACCCGUUGGGAAUGCAGGGGCGAGGCCAGGUGCCCAUGGGAGGAAUGCAGUACCCUCCACAGCAGCAGCAGAUGCCAGCGCAGUAUGGGCAGCAGGGCAUGGGCGGGUACUGCCAACAGGGCCAGCCUCCAUACUUCAGCCCAGCCCAGCAGCAACAGGCCACCCCUACACAGACCCCAUACAUGCAGCCCAGACCUUCACCUCAGCAACAGGAUGCUCCACAGGAGGGCUUCAGCAACAGGGGCCAGUCAGCGCUGCCUCCAGGGAAGGCCCCCCAUGAUGAGAUUGGCCCCACCCAGCAGGACCGGCCCUGCAGCCUCCCUGACCUGUCGGGCUCCAUCGAUGACCUGCCGACGGGCACGGAGGCGGCCCUCAGCUCGGCGGUGAGCGUCUCGGGCUCCACCAGCAGCCAGGGCGAGCAGAGUAACCCGGCCCGGUCGCCCUUCUCCCCCCACGCCUCGCCGCGCCUCUCCAGCCUCCGCAGCGGCCCCUCGCCCUCGCCCGUGGGCUCCCCCGUGGGCUCCAGCCACUCCCGCUCCGGGCCCAUAUCCCCAGCCAGCGGGCCAGGCACUCAGAUGGCCCCACAGACCCCUGGAAAUAUGUCGGAUGUGGGCUCCCAUUCCACUCUGAGUCAGUCACCCAUGUCUCAGGAGAGAGGUUUUGCUCCCAGCAUGCACCGCAGUGCCCCAGGGCCCCAGUUCAGUGCCCAGCAGCAGCAGCAACAGCAGCAACAGCAGCAACAGCAGCAGCAGCAACCUGGCGGGCCCUCCAUGUCCCCACACCCAUCUCCAGCUGGCCCCCUACCCCACGGCAUGGGCCCCUACCCGCAUCAGGGAGGCCCUCCCUACGGCCCCCAGAGUGGACAGUAUGGCCCCUCAGGUAAUUACCCACGGCCACCUAACUACGGAGGCACCCCCAGUGCCAACUACAGUGGCCCCAGCCCGGGCAUGGGCAACAGCCAGGGCAUGAACGCCAGCAGCCCCAUGCACGGCCAGGGCCCCGGGCAGCACUGUGGCUCCGUCCCCGCGGGGAGGGGGUCGGGCCAGACCACAGCGGGGCGUCCCUUCCCUGGCAGCAACAAUGCCAACAACAUGGCGCCCACCUCACCUGGCAUGCCACAGCCGGCAGGGCCGGGCAUGGGUCGGGCGCUGCCUGGGGUCGGUAGGAAACCCCAAGAGCCCGGACCAGGGGGCAUCCAAGGCCCCCCCUCAGUUGGACAGACCAGGCAGGGUGGCUUCCCUGGCAUGCCUCCCAUGGGCCCCGGAGGCCCCUACAGUCAGCCACCAGGGGCCGCUUCUGGCAGGAUGACGCCUCAAGGCCCCCCAUACAACACCCCACCACCAGGCCCUAUGCCUGGGCCAGGUGAUGGCAUGGUGCCUGCGGAUGCCAAGCCGAGGGCCGAUCAUAAAGAAGCGGGUGGCGUGGCCCCCUCCGAGCCUCCUAAACCCAAGGACAGCUACAGCUCUCAGUGCGUGUCCCAGCCCCCCGCCCCCUCCCCUCUGUCCCCCAGUCCUGCUAGUCUGUCCUCCUUUCACGGCGAGGAUAGCGAUAGCAUUAGCAGCCCUGCCUGGCCAAAGACCCCCACCAGCCCAAAGCACAGUUCGGCCACCAUGACCAAUGAGAAGAUCACUCGUCUGUAUGAGCUGGGCGUGGAGCCGGAGAGGAGGGCGUGGGUGGACCGCUACCUGCCCUUCAUGGACGAGAGGGGCACGCCGGUGCCAUGCCUGCCCGCCGUGGGCAAGAAGCCUCUGGAUCUGUUCAACCUGUAUGUGUGUGUGCAUGAGAUCGGAGGACUGGCCAUGGUGAACAAGAACAAGAAGUGGCGGGAGUUGUCCACGCGCCUCAAUGUGGGCACGUCCAGCAGCUCGGCCUCGUCCCUGAAGAAGCAGUACAUCCAGUACCUGUUUGCCUACGAGUGCAAGGUGGAGCGCGGGGAGGAGCCGCCGCCGGAGGUCUUCCUCACGGGGGACGCCAAGAAGCAGCACCUUCUGCAGCAGCAGCAGCUGCAGCAACAGGCGCGGAUCCAGCCCCCGUCACCUGCAAACUCUGGCUCCCUGCAGGGCCCUCACACCCCUCAGUCGACAGGCAGCAACUCCAUGACUGAGGCCCCAGGCGACCUGAAGCCCCCGACACCUGCCUCAACGCCCCACCGCCCCCUGACUCCACAGCAAGGCAGCAGGCCCGGAGGCGUGAGCGUGCAGGACCCCUUCUCUGAGGGCAGCGACCCGGCCUUCCAGAAGCGCGGCCCCGUGCCUCCUGGCUCCCCCUUCCAGCAGGGGGUCAGCGGUGAAGCUGCCAUGAGGAUGGCCUUCGAUGGCAACAAGGACCCGUACGCCGGGCCCAGGAAAGGUGCGAGUGAGUCCUUUAUGCCAGGCCAGAUGCCAGCCAGUGCCAUGCAGGAGAUGUACCCACACGGUCCACCAGCGGGCAUGGGCAUGGGCCCCCGGGCACAGUACCCUUACGGCCCUGGCUUUGAAAGGAGACCUGAACACGUCAUUGGGCCAGAUGGAGGUAUGGCUCCCCCUGGUGGCCAGAACAACAGUGAUCCUAACUUGUACCCUGGCAACAGAUUCCCUUCACAUCAAAGGCAUGGGCCUGAUGGUUAUGGUCAGCAGUACCCCCACGGCAUGCCGUACGGACCCCAUGGGAUGUUCCCACAGCAGCAGGGCUACAAACGUCCUGGCGAGGGCAUGUACGGCCCCCCGGCCAAGCGUCACGACGGAGGUGAAGGGUACGGCAUGCAGUAUGGCGGCCAGCAGCCCGACGUGUUCAGCCAGUACGGACCGGGCUACAUGGGGCCCGAGCGCCGCCCGAUGCAGGGCCAGUACCCGCCCUACCCCUACGCCCGUCAGGGACCCCCUCAGCAUGGCAUGAUGAGUGGAGCGGCCCCUUCCUCAUCCUCAGGUCCCACUGCAGGCCCUCAGGGUGCCAUGUGGCACGGCAGGACUGAGAUGGGCUACCCCUACCCGGGUCGACAGGGCCAGGGGCCGCCCUUCCCAGGCAUGGGCCGUGGCGGUGAUGACUCGGAGGGUCGGCCCAGUCAGGAUGGCACGUGGCCUGGUCAUCCCGGCCAACGCCAGUCCCCUUACCCUCAGCCCCAGCCCUCCUCCACCGUCACCUCCGCAGGCGUCAUGACAACCUUGACCAACCGCCCGUCCCCGUCCUCCUUCCAGUCCCCGCCCACCAUGCCCAACCACAUCUCUCGUGCUCCCAGUCCGGCCCCUUUCCCGCGGCCAAUGGGCGGCUCCAUGUCCCCAAACAAGGCCCACUUCAUGGCCUCCAUGAAGAUGCCCAAGCCUGGGAUGCCCUCGCCCAUGAUGGGCUCCCAGAGCGGGGGCAUGCCCAGCCACUCUAUGCUCCCCCUCCACCGGGAUAUCAGCUUCCCCCCAGGCUCCGUGGAGGCCACCCAGCCCCUGCUGAAGAGCAGGCGCAGGUUUACUGCAAAGGAUAUUGGCACUCCGGAGGCGUGGCGCAUCAUGAUGUCUCUGAAGUCUGGGCUGCUGGCAGAGAGCACCUGGGCUCUGGACACCAUAAACAUCUUACUGUUCGAUGACAACACCGUGGGCUCCUUCACACUCACCCAGUUGCCUGGUUUUCUGGAGUUGAUUGUGGAGUACUUCAGAAGGUGCCUGAUUGAGAUCUUUGGGAUCCUGGAAGAGUAUGAGGUGGGCACCGAGGGCCAGAAAACCCUCCUGGGCCCACUUCCUGGUUCCACACAGAAGAACGCCACCGACUCCGACUCCGACUCCGAACCCGAACCCGAACCUAAGAGCCCAUCUCCUACCGAGGAGGGCGAGGAGAAGAAACUAGCAGUGGAAACAGAAGGGCCUUCUGCCUGCAAUUCAGAUGAAGUUGCCAACUCUGAGAAGAAGAAGAAGAAGGAGGAGGAAGAAGAAAAGAAGUCAGAAGAGGUGGUGGUGGUAAAGGAGGAAAGCCAGGAGGUUGGAUUAGCGGAGGAACCCGCUGAUGAACCCGCUGAAGAACCCCCGCCCAAGCAGGCCAGCAAGUACGACCGUCUGCCCGUGAAGGUGGAGGAGCGGGACAAGGAGGCGGACCUGGUGGAGGACCAGUCGGAGCAGCUGGGGACGGUCACCAAGUUCACCAGUGGCCUGCUGCACUGGAGAGCAGGCGGGGGAGACUCCACCAUGCACAUCCAGACCCACUUUGAGCUGCGGACCGAGGCCUCCGAGAAAGACGGUGACACCACUGCCCAGGAGUCCAAGUCAAUGCCUGGGCUUGAUGGUCAGAGCAAAGACCUACAGGAGAAGGAGAGGAAUGUAACCGCCACUAUGGAUGACGUUCUUAGCUCACGACCAGAGGAAGAGGGUGAAGGAGACAUCGCCAGGGUCCAGGCAUUCCCAUUUGGCGAUCGGCCGAGGCCGGGUAACGUGACGGUCAUCGAGGACGAGCCUCGCUCGUGGGACGAAGCGCCGCUCUCGACGGCAGAACCUUGGCAGGACGCCCUGGCUCGCCGCUGCCUCUGCGUUUCCAACAUCGUCCGCAGCCUCUCCUUCGUGCCGGGCAACGACACCGAGCUGUCCCGGCACCCGGGGCUGGUCCUCCUCCUGAGCCGGCUGGUGCUGCUGCGCCACGAGCACCCGGAGAGGAAGAGGAUGGUGGCAGCGGCGGCGUCCAGCCCGCCCACGUACCAGCGCGAGGAACAGGACCGCGGUCGCGCCUGCAGCAAAGACGAGUGGUGGUGGGACUGCCUGUGGGCGCUGCGCGAGAACACGCUGGUCACCCUGUCCAACAUGGCCGGUCAGCUGGACCUGUCGCUCUACCCCGAGAACAUCUGCCUGCCCAUCCUGGACGGUCUGCUUCACUGGAUGGUGUGCCCGUCGGCCGAGGCUCACGACCCGUUCUGCUCGGCCGGGGCGCUCUCGUCCUCGCUCACGCCACAGCGGCUGGCGCUGGAGUGCCUGUGCAAGCUGAGCAUCCAGGACGGCAACGUGGACCUGCUGCUGGCCACGCCGCCCUUCAGCCGACACGAGCGCCUCUUCGGCGCGCUAGUGCGCCACUUGGGCGAGAGACGCAGCCAGGUGUGCCGCGAGAUGGCCGUGGCCGUGCUCUCCAACCUGGCUCAGGGCGACCCUGGGGCGGCGCGGGCCGUGGCACUGCAGAAGGGCUCCGUCGCCGCCCUGGUGGGCUUCCUGGAGGACAGCGUGGCCAUGGCGCAGUACCAGCAGAGCCCACACAGCCUGCUGCACACGGGCCCUCCGCCGCACCCCGAACCCCCAAGUGUCAACAUGAUGUGCCGGGCCGCCAAGGCCCUGCUGGCCCUGGCUAAGGUGGAGGAGAACCGGCCUGAGUUUGUGCUUUACGAGAGCCGGCUACUGGACAUCUCGCUGUCAUCCGUGCUGAACUCGAGCGUGGCCAACAUCAUGUGCGAGGUACUCUUCAAACUGGGCCGCUCGUGACGGACAGCGGCUGUCGCCAGUCAGGUGUAAAGAUCAUAGCAUCUCGCAGAUAGGGGUGGGAUUAUAUUUUUAUUUAAAGAACACGCAACAAAAAAGUUUUUACAUACAAAUGAAUAUAUAGAGAAUAUAUAUAGCUCUUUGCCCCAUUCACAAUCUUCAUUUGGGAUUUAAAAAAAAAUAAUAAUUUUAAUACAGAUAUUUAAUACUUGGUGUUUUAUUUCUUUUUCUAUUCUUUUCUAUGUGUUUUUUCAUUUGUUUUAACCGAAGCUGAUAUUGGAUGAUAGGUCUGGUUAGUUUCUGAGGGUAUUUGGCUCUUUAAAUGUUUUAUAAUUGUGGCUGUUAUUUUUCUGUGGGGCUUUUGUUCGUCUGUUUUUUGGGGGAUGCAGAUUUAUUUAAAUUGUAAGACAUGUUGUAGAUAGAAACUCUUGCCAUGUGUUAAAGCGCUGACUCUACUCAAGAUAUACACGUAUCCAGUUCAGAGAAAAAAUGCAUUGUGCAAUAGGAUGUAGUCUGGCUUGUUGGAGGGAGAGAGAGGUUAACCUAAUGUGAAUUCAUAUUUUAUUGACCACAGGCAAUAUUUUAAAAACAUUUUGCCCACCAGUAUUGUACUGUAGAGCCAUACCAGUAUAAGAGCGAGGGGUUUUUCUUUAAAAAAAAAAAAAAAAAAAUGAAAAAAAGCAAGCGAUGGUGUUGCAAAACUCACUCGCUUUUCUGUAUAAGCAUGAUCACAGGCAGCCAGCUGAACACGUGACCGUCUCUCUCCCUCUCUGUGUCCCUCCCCCUUUCCUCUGCUCCAUCCUACAGUAUCCACAGGCCCCUUUGUAAAUAUACAUUUUUGGACAUGCAGCGGGGGUUCUUUUAAUGGUUAUGUUUGUCCUUUUUUUAAUCUCCAAGAGACGUGGUAUUACAGAAAAGUGAUGGCAGUUGAUUCUAAUGAUUCCUAUCGAUGAUACUGUUCUGUCGCUGGGUAUUUGAGUGACUUCAGAUGUGGGGGGUGUCUCCUCGCGGCUCUGUGCUGUUGUUACACUGGGGGCACGUCACAGACACGGAUGGGAACCUCCGUCAAGAAGGCUGUUCUGGUCUUUGCUUUUAUUGUUUUUUUUUUUUUUUGUAAACCAACGACAGACCUAUUCAGAAACGUCAAGAUGAUAUUUUAUUCUGAAGGGACUCUAGAAGGGUAGUCCAGGAUGCUGUUGAUGCAGACUAACAAUGGCAGAAUGACUUCAACAUGCAAACUCCCACAAAUGUAAAAUCUAUGUAAACGCUCUUUUCUCCAUUUGAUUUGAAGACCAUUGUUUAUUCAGUAUAAAGUCUUUAUACUACAUGUUCCACAUGUUAAAAAGUAAAUGUACAUGAAAUCUG